UUACGUAGCGAUAAACUGCAUUAUAUAAACACUGUUGAGUAUAUGGUCAGACAUAUUGACUUUGAAAUGUCUUAUUAUAUCUAUGAUAUUAAAUCUCCCGAUAGAGACAUUGGAAAUUAUAAUCAGAAAUAUGUUUAUAAUGACAUUGAAAAUGAAAGGAUGUUUCUGUUACAGAGGGAGAUGUUUAGGCGUAACAUUUUCUAUAAUAAAGAACUAACAGGCAAUUUAUUAGAUGGCUUCGAUAGAGCAACACAAUUUGGGGAGCGUGAAGAUCUGGUGUCACGGCAGAAAAAUGGCCUAGGCAGUUCAGGACAAAAGUCUUUAAAGACAACAACUUCUCAACAACCUGUUUAUUUAAACAGUACUGUUUCAAAAGAAGAACUUGUAUUUGAUGAAAAUAGAAUUUCGCCCGAUUAUUUUGCUAUAUCGAGAAAAGACAGAGAGAAGUCUAGAAGAGAGACGCAUAAUAGAGUGGAAAAGAAGAGAAGAUCAUUCAUUAAUGACAAAAUAACGGAACUAAGAAAUAUGCUACCAGAAUACAUUGAUCGAUCAUUGUGUAACGGAAAGGGUUCUAUUUUGAAGCAAACUGUGGAGUACAUCAAAAAAUUACAAAGGGAUCAGGAGAAAACAAAACUUUUGGAAAUCAAAGUAUCUGAACUUGAUGCCGAGUUCCGAAAGAUUGCUGCAAGAUUAGAGCGCAUUGAAUCACUACCAGCCUCAAAUCUGAACGACUGUCUUGAUCAAAUGCAAAUUGAAACAACGCCUAAAGAAACAUGCAAUCAAAUGUCACAAAUUACCGAUUUAGAUACAAACCGGCAAUGGACAAUCUCAUCAGAUAGUGAAUAUAUGUCACCGACAACAGAAGAGGAUUGGAAUGCUCCACUUUCAUCAACUGCGGACGAUUCAAUAAAUGAUUUUUCAUCUGACAUUUCGUUUACCGAUACCUUAUGUAAUUACUUCUAAUCAAGUAAUUAAAGUUAUUUACGAGCGCAUGAUAUAAAAAAGUUGUUUUUCAACCAAAAUAGAAAUACAACCACGCGUUUAAAUGGUUAUGCUAUUAUAUAGUUAUACGGAAAACAGAAACAAAUUGCGUCAGAUAAAAUGUCCUUUGUUUGCGAAAUGGUAAGCUUACUACAAAGAAAUGUAAAAAUGAUGUACAGUUGCGGUUCACCUGCCUUGUUUGCCUUUUGUUCUAAUGUUGCCCAAACGAUAUGACUUUUAAGUUAGCAUAAAUGUAUAUCAAAAUAAUCUUUUCACGGCAGACUUGAUGAGCCUCCGUGGCCGAGCAGUUAAGGUUCUUUACUUCUUACCAUUUUCCCUUACCCCUGUUGUAUCAAAUCCCACCGGAGAGUUUGGCUACUUUUAUGUGAGGAAACUACCCAGCUAGCUAUCGGAACGUCAUUGCUUUUUAUCAGUUACAGGCUCACCUGAAGUAUCGCAAGAACAAACAUGUGACAAAUUGUAUAAAAUUCUCAAGAUACUUAAAGGAAUGUACGUAGCUAGACUCCUUGUGAUAUUUGCAAAAUAAAUCGAGUGUUCGUCCAAUGUCUUUUCACAAUGUCAUUCAGUUUCCUGAUAAACGUACUGUUCAUCCAUGGAAAUCAAAGUUACAUAUUGAUAAGAAAAAUACAUUUGUACUUUUAAUGACAACAUUUUGCUAAUAUUUAGAAAUUAUCGUUAUGUUUCAUUAUUACAUGUUAAGGUUCAAGAGAGAACAAACUGUAAAAAAUUGUAGUCAGUGUGUAACUGAAAACAAACUGAAAACAAAUAUGUUUUUGAAGUAUCCGGACAAUUUAUUUAGGUUUGAUAGACUGUAUUUUAUGUUAUUUUUAAAAAGUCAAUUUGCGAAUUAUUUGUAAAAUUCUGAACCCUUUCGCUGCCAGAGGGUUAUUGUUUUAUUGAUCACCUAUUUGCCAGAGGGUUUUCUAAUAAAUUACUAUUUUAUUAAUUAAUAUAAUUAUUAUUAUUAUUUGUUAUUAGUAUUAUGAUAAUUAUAAUUGUUUCCAAACAUGCUAGCAUAAUAAUAAUUAUUGUCGAUGGUAUAAUUUUCUUUAUAUUUAUUAUUAUUUUUAUUAUUAUUAUUAUGAUUAUUAUAGAAACGGCAAAAGCCGUCCAUAUGGCAAAUACGCCGAAAAUAACAGGGACGGCAUAAGCCGUCCCUAUGGCAGUGAAAGGGUUAAAUUUUAUAUGUUAUUUUGGUUUUGUCGUGAUAUAUGUGGAUAUAUAAACUGUCAAGAUUUUAUAUCACCCGAGCCGUCAGGCGAGGGUGAUAUUUUAUCUUGGCAGGUAAUAUAUUCAUAUAUAUCACUCCAAGACCAAAAUAAUAAUUUUAUUACCCUUCCCCUGCCAAGUUAAGACGAAUUUAAAACAAAUAAUUGCUUCUUCAAAUGAAACGUCGAAAUAAGAUUCCCUUUAGGGUACCCCUUCACCACAACAUGACGUCACAUAAAUACACGACGUAUUUUCUUCCGAAUCUAACGAAUGUAAACAAGAGAAAAGGAAUAGUCUGUUAAAAGGACUUUUUUGGAAUUAAUAUCAAGCUUUCACAAGGUCAUAUUUGUUUUCAAUACUGAUGAGAAUAUGUAUCAUUACUCUAUUUUGGUAAAUAAUUAUCAUUUGGCAGUUAAAAAGUGCUUGUUAAUCGGAAUUUACAUCGCGUAAAAUCAAACCGUACGCGCAUCGCCACAGCGCAUGUUGUUUAUAACGUAGGGUUCCCAACGGGGAAAUUUAGUGUGUAUAUUACCCGUCUGGCUCGGUAAUAUCAAUUUCUUUCGGGUGAUCAAUAUCCAAUCAAAAAGGCAGAAAAAAUCUGGAAGGGUAAUAAACAAUGAUGUUUUGCCUGCUAGGUAAUGUUUGAUGUCCAGUGUUAAAAAAGAAUCAUGAAAAUAUAUAGUUCCUCGAAUGCAAUCACACUAUAUAGUAUGUACACAUUAUUGUUUGGGAUUCACAUAAUUGUUUUGUUCAUUGGUGUCACGUUGGUUUUAUUACAAUUUGAAACAAUGUCCAAGUUACAUCAUUAAAAUAAAUAUGUGUUGUUGUUUA